AUGGCGCCGGCGGCAGGCGUGGCUGACCCGCACGCUGCGAGCCGUCGCGAGAGGCUGCCGCAGGACGUGCUGCCCGUGUACGACCGCGAAUCGGUGGAACGGGUGUUCAGAGAGCACGGGAUCAAGCCGAAGCAUGUCGACGCUGUGUACAAGCACCUCGCUUCCUCGCCCACCGCGGCCCUCGGCGACCUCGAGGACCCCGCCGUGUGUCCGUCCAUCCCCGUGAAGGCCCGUGAUCUGCUCCGCGAGAGAUUCACCACCACCACCACGCGGGUCGUCGGCCGGCAGGACGGCGGUUCGGCCACGAAGCUCCUGGUCGAGCUGUUCGACGGGCAGCGCAUCGAGACGGUCGUCAUGCGGCACGACUCCACCCUCGGCAUCGACCCUUCCCAGCCCGACGGGAGGCGUCGAGGCGGCGAGCGCGCCACUCUUUGCGUGUCCUCGCAGGUGGGCUGCGAGAUGGGGUGCAAGUUCUGCGCCACCGGCACGAUGGGCCUCCGCGCCGACCUCCUGCGCCACGAGAUCAUCGAGCAGCUCUACCACGCGCGCCGCGUCGAGCCCAUCCGCAACAUCGUCUUCAUGGGCAUGGGCGAGCCGCUGGCCAACUACGGCGAGGUCCGCGCGGCGAUCGGGGAGGUCACGAACCAGAAGUCCUUCGGCAUCGCGCCGCGGCGGAUCACCGUGUCGACCGUCGGCGUCAUUCCGGGCAUCCUGAAAAUGGCCAAGGACAUGCCGAAUGUGCACCUGGCGCUGUCGCUCCACGCGCCGACCCAGGGCCUGCGGCAGGACAUCGUGCCGAGCGCGGGCGCCGCGGGCCUCACGCGGCUCAUGGGGGCCGUCAAGCGGUACCAGGACCAAACGGGCAACCGCGUGUUCAUCGAGUACGUGAUGCUGCACGGCGUGAACGACGGUGAGACGGAGGCGCACGAGCUCGGGCUCCUCCUCCAGGACCACGGCGUAGAGGCGGUCAUCAACCUCAUCCCGUGGAACCCCGUCCUGGCCGACCCGGGCAUCGUGUUCGAGGCCCCGGGCGUCGAGCACCUGGAGCGCUUCCAGAAGAUUCUCGGGGGCGUGUACGGCGUGCGGACGACGAUCCGCGUCGAGAAGGGGCAGGACAUUUCCGGUGCCUGCGGGCAGCUGGUGGUGGCGGACGAGGCCAAGGGCGGCGGGGGCGGCGGGGGCGGGCGAGACAUCGAGGAUCUCGUGCGGGGCGUCGGGGCCGGCGCGGAGACCGCGUGCGGGUGCAGCUAG